UUUCCAUCGGCUCUUUCGCAUUUUCUUCAUAUUUCCAUGAAUUCAUUUCCGCCGGCUGUCCGCGCGGUGCUUCAUACAUGUCGGCUGAUUUUUGCGUGGUGGCGGCUCUCGGUCUCUCGCUGGCUUUUGCAGCCUCUUGAAGGCGACGCUGAUUUAAAGCCUGUAUCUCUUCCAUUUACCGUGAGUGACAGCUGUUUUCGGAACCUUGCGGAGGAUCGCAGUGGCGUCAACCUCAAAGAUCUCAUCCAUGAUCCCUCCCUGUUGGGGGGUAUGAUCACGGCCUACAAGAUAGUGCCAGAUGAGCUAGACGAAAUCAAGGAGACACUGGUGGAUUGGUGCGAUGAAAAGGAACUUAACCUUAUCCUAACCACCGGAGGCACCGGCUUCGCUCCGAGAGACGUCACACCAGAGGCCACUAAGGAGGUGAUAGAGCGCGAGGCUCCAGGGAUGUCUCUGGCGAUGCUGAUGGGAUCUCUCAACGUCACACCACUAGGCAUGCUCUCCAGACCUGUGUGUGGUAUCCGAGGGAAGACGCUCAUCAUUAACUUACCAGGAAGCAAGAAAGGCUCCCAGGAAUGCUUCCAGUUCAUCCUGCCGGCGCUGCCGCACGCCAUCGACCUCCUGCGGGACGCAGUGGUGAAGGUAAAGGAGGCGGCGGACGAGCUGGAGGACCUGCCGUCGCCACCACCGCCCCUCUCGCCGCCACUCAACAGUUCGCCCUGCUGCCACACUGAGGACAAGGGCGUGCAGUGCGAGGAGGAGGACGAGGAGAAGAAGGACAGCGGUGUGGCGUCCACCGAGGACAGCUCCUCCUCCCAAAUCACCGCCGCAUCCAUCGCCGCCAAGAUCCCAGACUCCAUUAUCUCGCGGGGUGUGCAGGUGUUACCCAGGGACACGGCCUCUCUCAGUACCACGCCCUCGGAGUCGCCCCGCGCCCAGGCCACGUCCCGCCUCUCGACCGCUUCCUGUCCCACACCCAAAGCGCGGCUCCCCUCCUGUUCAUCCACCCUAAGCAUUGCUGAGGCCUCACGGAGAGAAUUCAGGGCUCACCUGGAUGAGGUCAUCACGCUCAAGUCAAGGUACUCUACCUUGGACCAGCUCCAGUGUAGGUUGGAGGGGCUUAAAGAUGAUCGCAGGAGGACCUUCAGCUCUCGAGUGCAGUCACGAUGCAGCAGCAAAGAAAAUAUCCUAAGAUCAAGUCACAGCGCAGUGGACAUCACCAAGGUGGCCCGGAGGCACCGCAUGUCCCCCUUCCCCCUCACCUCCAUGGACAAGGCCUUCAUCACUGUGCUGGAGAUGACCGCCGUCCUGGGCACUGAGAUCAUCAACUACAGAGAUGGGAUGGGUCGAGUCCUGGCUCAGGACGUUUAUGCCAAAGACAACCUGCCACCCUUCCCUGCCUCUGUCAAGGAUGGUUAUGCUGUGAGAGCGGCUGACGGCCCAGGCGACCGCUUCAUCAUUGGAGAGUCCCAAGCUGGAGAGCAGCCCACCCACACAGUGAUGCCUGGCCAGGUGAUGAGGGUGACGACGGGUGCCCCUAUUCCAUGCGGGGCUGACGCUGUAGUCCAGGUGGAAGACACCGAGCUGCUCCGCGAGUCUGAAGACGGCACAGAGGAGCUGGAGGUACGAAUCCUAGUACAGGCUCGCCCGGGGCAGGACAUCAGGCCCAUCGGUCAUGACAUUAAGCGUGGGGAGUGUGUGCUUGCAAAGGGCACCCACAUGGGCCCGUCUGAGAUUGGUCUCCUGGCCACUGUGGGAGUCACAGAGGUGGAAGUUCAGAAAUUCCCCGUGGUGGCCGUCAUGUCGACAGGAAACGAGCUGCUGAACCCAGAAGACGACCUCCAUCCUGGGAAGAUCAGGGACAGCAAUCGCUCCACCCUGCUGGCCACCAUCCAGGAGCAUGGCUACCCCACCAUCAAUCUGGGCAUCGUGGGAGACAACCCCGAUGACCUUCUCAACGCUCUGAAUGAAGGCAUCAGCCGAGCUGAUGUCAUCAUCACCUCAGGAGGAGUGUCCAUGGGAGAGAAGGACUACCUUAAGCAGGUGCUGGAUAUUGAUCUUCAUGCUCAGAUCCAUUUUGGUCGUGUUUUCAUGAAACCAGGUCUCCCAACAACAUUUGCCACCUUGGACAUGGACGGUGCUCGCAAACUAAUCUUUGCCCUCCCAGGUAGAAACCCCGUGUCCGCUGUGGUCACCUGUAAUCUUUUUGUCAUCCCUGCCUUGAGGAAGAUGCAGGGCAUUUUGGACCCUAGGCCCACCAUCAUCAAAGCGAGGUUGUCUUGUGAUGUGAAGCUAGACCCUCGCCCUGAAUACCACCGCUGCAUUCUGACAUGGCAUCACCAGGAGCCUCUGCCGUGGGCACAGAGCACAGGUACCAGCACCAAAGCCGGGAACCAGGUGAGCAGCAGGCUGAUGAGCAUGCGCAGUGCUAACGGGCUCCUGAUGCUACCUCCGAAAACAGAGCAAUACGUGGAGCUGCACAAGGGCGAGGUGGUUGACGUCAUGGUCAUCGGCCGGCUAUGAUGUCAUCACGGGGGGACGGAGCGUCGGCGUCAUAUAGCGAGGGUUGGAAUGGGUGGUUCACGGUGCAUGUCCACAUAUCAUUGACUAUUCUGUAAUAUGCAACGGCACAGCUAGUUUUUAUUGAUUUGGAUAACGUUGAGGUAUAGUCAACAUCUUGAUCACAACCUAGAUACAUAUGAAAAAAAUUAAUUUAAAAAGAUUAUAGUAUUUCAAACAAAGAAAAUAUAACUUUUAAUGAAAAAAAUCUAAUUAUA